AGGGGGGUCAUAGGUUGAGGAUGUCGUUCACCGAGGACCUCCGGUAUAUGCAAUGUUUUCCCGUUCUUGUUGCCUUGCUCUUGUUGUUCUUGGUCUGGUGUUGUCGAUGACAGUUCACUCUCUGUGAUGUUUCUGCAUUUUUUCUGUUGUUAUUAUUACGUCAGGAUAAAAAAAAAAACAAACAGCAGAAGGACUGUCGGUGUAAGAAGGUCAGUGAGGUCGCUGUCUGUGCUAACAGCGGCCGCUGCCCCGUUUAGACAGUGCGACAAUGCUGACAUGCGACCACUGGACUCUGUGUGGACCCUCAGACCUUAAUGAGGUGGUCCGGCUGAAGGAUGACACAACAAUACCGCAUUGUGUCUGUUUUUAGCGGAACCUACAUGCAAGCGGAUUAAAAUAACCUGUGUGUACAUUAAUAGCAUCAUGUUGUUUUUUUUUUUUUGUUGUUGUUGGUUUUUUUUUUUUUGGAGUGCGGUUGAAUAUGUGAACACAGAGUUUUAGUUGCGAUGACAUGACUGACCACAAACACUUGGGAAUUUUUCUCCCAGCAGAGCUUCCAGUUUAUAAAUACCCACCUAUCUUACCUGGAAAUCUGUGUGACUUCUAACGUACCUCCCCAUGGUGUAUAUCUACUCACCUAUCUACCCAUAGAUCACCAUCAUACAUUCAUAACAAUCUAUAUUAUUAGUCAACGUUCUAUUAACAUUGCACAUGCCAACCUAACAAUCCAUUCUGCUUCUUGCUAGGUCAAGUCAGGUCAGUUUUACUUGUAUAACCCAAAUAUGAAAUUUUGACAUGAACAGGGGAAAAGUGUAGGAAUGUGCAUACACACUCGAUCGUAUCUUAAAAUGAUAUUAGCAAGACAAAGUGUAGCAUAAUUAGUAGAUGGUAGACCCACUGUCCAGCCAAGUGUUUAUUGUAUUCACACCAUCUAGUGGCAUUAACUGAAAAUGCAGUUUGAACAACUUUGUACCAAUGUUUGAUGGGCCACAUUCCAAAUCUGAACGGGCCAUAUCGUAGUUUACCACCAAUAGUGUGGUCUUACUAUUGCCUCUGUUUUCAGUGUUUUUUUUUAUUGUCUGUAUUUUCCAGUUCCAGACUAUGGCUGUAAAAUAUAAUUCGCGUCAGUGUGGACUGUGAACACGUUGUUUAGAGAAUAAAAAUGGUUAAUCUUUUUUUUUUCUUCUUUCUGCCAUCAAAGAUCCAGAUUAACCUGCUGAGAGUGUGCGUAUGCGUGAGUGUGCGUGCAGCUAGCUUUUGAUUGGCCACUGAUACAGAGAGGGAGAGAGAGAAAGAGAGAAAGAGAGAGAGAGUCCUGGGUGGAUCCUCCCACUAUUUUCGAUCAUAGACACUUCUUAACUCACUCUCCUCCUCUCAGAGAGUCUGGACCAGGCCUCGGGGCUGAGCUCCACACACUCCCACACGCACACGCAAACACACGGUCGGAGCGCGUCAUGGCAGCUACCCACAGCGAGUACCGAGGCUACCUGCGGAGCAGCGUGGAUAUGGAGGCCGGGCAGCACCGUUUCCAGCCGGCCCAUAGUUCGGAGACCUGUACGUACCGACCGCUCCUGUUCGGAACCCUGGCUCUCAUGGGUUUGCUCCAGGUGGCGUCCAGCGUGGCCAUAUUACUGCACCUGACAGGUUACCUGCAGGAGGUUGAUCUGUCCACGGCUCCUCAUCGGCCAAUUGAGGAGGUACAAACGGAGCCAGUCCUGAACGCAUUGAAAGGCACAAAGAAAAACCGACGCUGUAAAAGUCCAAAGGAGGGUCUGCCAUCGGCUCAUCUACCAAUCAGAACGUAUCAGGAGUACUCCAAGAAGGGCGAGCAGGCCAUCACCAUCGACUGGGACGAGGAUCAUGGCUACUGCAACAGGAUGGAUUACCUAAAGGGCAAACUCGUGGUGAAGGAGCUGGGCUACUACUACGUCUACGCGAAAACCUGCUUCCGUUACUACAGACACGGACCCGAGGACAGCAGCCAGCCGGCAGCGCCCCCCGUGGACAUAAGGAACACACAGCUGAUUCAAUACGUGUACCGUGAGAGCAUCAAGCAGAACAGCAAAGCCAUUAUGCUAAUGAAGACGGGCAGCACCGUUCGCCUCAACAGCACCAGUUACAACAUGUACUGCGCUCAGCAGGGACGAGGCGUCCACCUGGAAAAUGGAGACGCGCUGUACGUGAACGUGUCCAACGCCUGGAUGUUGGACCUGGAGGGAGAAGGGACGUAUUUCGGGGCCAUAAAGUUAGGGAACUGAAAUUUUUUUUUUAUCCAAGAAGAAAAAUGAAAAGAACAGUCUUGUGGAGAGCUGACAUGCUACUGAACAUUUAAUAUCGCCAUGAAACCACUGUUAGGGAGUCUUUCACUGCCACCGCAGAAAUAUGAAAAGGAAUCAGAGUCGUAGGCUGAUAACCUGGGAGUCGAAACACAAGUCACAAAAUUGACUUUAUAUCGUGUGUCAUAACAAAACUUUCACGUUAAAACGUAUCAAUUAUCAUAAAAUGAUAUUAACUUUGUUGCAAAAUGCAUAAAAUAUUGUAAAAAAAAAAAUAUAUAUAUAUAUUAUGUCAUCAAAUUUACUAAUUUUGAUCAAAUCCAAUUGUAAUUAUAAAGUGAAAAAUAGCAAAUGUUAAAGUUAUGUUUCCCUUCCUUGGGACCGACCCUUUCGAUCAAAGCUCUAUUCUCGGUGAAUAUUUUUAGUAAAUACUUUGAAGUAUAAGUAACCUACAGCUAUAGCUAACUCUUUCCAAAGCUUUACAAACUUUGUGAUGCUGUGUAGAUCUUUCUGGCUGAUCAUUUUUGAUUUUUUUUUUUUUUUUUUUUUUUUUUUAAAUUAGACUAAAAUGCUAUUCCGGCUAACUUUUAGCUGUUUUUUGGCUAAUAUUUAGCUAUCUUUACUGUUAUUUGUAAAUUCUUUUGCUAGUUUUUAAAUUUUUUUUUUUUUAUCCAACUGAUUUAAUAAUUUUGGCUAAAAUUACGUUAUCUGGGGCUACAUCGGUGGUUCUCAAUUAUUUCUCAAUUAUUAUCCCAAUUAUUAAGACAGACCUAUGUUCGUCAAAUCCAAAAGUCAAAUUAAUUGAUAUUUUUGGUCUCCCUUUUUUUCAUUACUUUUUUUGGGUCACGUUCUGAAACUGUAAUUUCAACAGUUUCGUUCUGAAAGUAUGAGAAUUCACACAAAAAAUAUUCACAUUAAAAUGGGGUUAGUAAUUAUGUGGUAAGAAUUUUUACAAGUCGUUGUUACAGUUACAUGAAACAUUUUUCAUUCUAGUCAUAUUCUGUGGUGGCGGUGAAACACUCCAGUACGUUUAUUCUUUAAAAGUGUGUCGUUCGUAUUUCUUUUCUCCACCCGAGGUCUUGGAUGCUAGGUUGAGAACGUCCAAAAGACAAACCCUCUGUUGCUCUGUCCCUGAGAUCUGAGCUCUGACUUCAUCCAAACAGCACUGGACUUUUAGUUACAACUUUGUUUUUCUUUGGUUUUACAACAGCUCUGCAGUUUGUUUCAACCCAUUUCGGUUGACACUACAACCUGUGUGCGCUCUGGUGGAAACGAACCUUCAGUGAGGAAUUUGAAGGAAGGAUUUAUCAGUGAUUAUCACUGGCAGAAAAGGACGUGGAACAUCUGCUUCUCGUCAGCAGAUUAAGGCCCAAUUAAAAUAACAAAAAAACGUUUUCCGGCCCCCGAUCCUCCGACCCGUGGCGAAAAACGAACGUUUAGGCAAAGAUUCGCAUGGUUCUCUGAAAGUUGUUGUAAGUGUGAACGCAGCAGGAAAUGAGGCGUCCUCACAGUAAGUAACUCAACGCCGUCGUCUGAAAUAAACACUUGGAGGCUGAUUUACGACGCCCUACCAAUCUCCUAGGAGCCAUUUAGACAUGGACGACUCACUCUGACGCUUGGUCGUUCGUAGAAAAUAAGCCUUUUCUACACUGCUUACUUUAUUCCCACGUCAAAAGGAAAGUUUGGGAAAUUUCUGGAGUGGAGGGAACCAGAAUAUCAGUGUCAGACAUGGACAAAUGAAAUCUUAACAAAAACAAGUCCGACAAUGGGGAAGCUUCGGGAAAAAAAA